AAAACCAGCAGAUAAAGGCUCAAAAAAGCAGUUCAGUCGGCAGGAAACCACCUGGCGAAGCUACCAGGCUAGCUUUAACAUCCAAGACUUAGCUUCUAAACAGCAGUUUAUCCAGUAAUCCAGCAAUAAUCCAACAGUCUGACAGGCGAGGACAGCAUCCUGGAGCCGCUGUGUUUUCCGGAGCAGCCGUCCGACCAUUCCGGCGUGCCCGGUCUGCGAUGUGCCGGUUCCGAGCCGCUGGUCUGCCUGUUCUGCUCCGAGUCGGUCCCCCCGCUGCAGAAGGACGUCCUCCUCAAACACCUGCUGCUGGAGCACAAGCUCGUCAUCGCCGACGUCAAACUCAUCGCCGACCUCCCAAAGUACAUGCUGUACUGGAGGGGCAGAUUCCUCGAGCAGCCGGUCACCGAUUUCUGCAGCGUCAUCAAAACCAACUCCACAGGCCCUGUCGAGAAACAGGAGGACUACUUCCUGUUGUGUGACGUCCUUCCAGAAGACCGAAUCCUCCGAGAGAAGCUCCAGCAGAAACGACUGGAGGAGGUUCUGGAGCAGCAGCAGAAGGAGCGAGACGACAGCAGCUUCCAUCGUCUCUGCAUGUUCUGCAGCGAAGAGUUCACAGGAAACAGGUCGUCUCUGCUGAACCACAUGGCCAGAGAGCAUUCCUUCAGCAUCGGGCUGCCAGACAACAUCGUCUACUGCAGCGAGUUCCUCGACACGCUGCAGGACAAACUGGACAAUCUACAGUGUUUGUACUGCGAGAAAAUGUUUCGAGAUAAAACCACGCUGAAGGAUCACAUGAGGAAAAAAGCUCACCGCCGCAUCAACGCCAAAAACCACGAAUACGACCGCUUUUACGUCAUCAACUAUCUGGAACUGGGGAAAACGUGGGAGGAGGUGCAGAGCGAAGAUGAUCGUGAGCUGGUGGACGAUGAAGAUGAUGAUUGGUCGGACUGGCAGGCUCAUCCGGUCUCUGCUGUGUGUCUGUUCUGUGAUCAGCUCUCAGAGACGAUGGAGCAGAUCUACGCACACAUGAAGGAGGCUCAUGACUUCGAUCUCCACAACCUGAAGACAGAACUGAACCUCAAGUUCUACCAGCAGGUCAAACUGGUGAACUUCAUCCGGCGGCAGAUCCACCAGAGCCGCUGCUACGGGUGCACGCGGACGUUCGACUCCAGAGCGGACGUCCUGCGUCACAUCAUGGCUGAAGGUCACGUGAUGAAACUGCCGGAGAUGUCCACCUGGGACCAGCCGCAGUAUUACUUCCCCACGUACGAGAACGAUGCUCUCCUGUGUACGCUCUCCGACAGUGACGAAGACGAAGGUGACGAGACGCAUCACGGCGAGGACAUCCCGGUCAUCGCGGAGGACAUCUCUAACCUGAGAGCGCUCAAACAGACCAGCGUCCUGAAGCAGCUGCUGAAGGACAGAGGAGGCUGCAGCUAGGACCACAGAUGGACUGAUUUUAUACGUCUGACUCUCCUCUCUGCAGCCGGACACACGACACGAUGCUGUCGUUUAUAACUUUGGGAAAAAUACCACCGUGAUAUGCAGUAGACACAUCAAACAAUAAAGCAGAGCUGAAACAUCUGUUUUCUGGAAUGUCCACUUUAUUAUUUCUUUGGUAACUUGUAACUCAGCUGGAUUCAGAUGCUGUUAAUAAUACCCAGACUGAGCUGUGACACUUUACAGCAGUGAUUAAAGAACAGUUUGUCAUGCCUGAAACGUCAGUCCUACUUGGUGUUCUUCUUGUUUUUUUGCUGGCAUGAUGUUCUGCAUCACUUUGGCGAGCGAAACCUGCAGCGAGUCUCCACCACGUCCUUCAGGUUGGGGCUUGCAUUCGCAAACACGCAGAACUGAAAAGAAGCAAGAGGUCACGAAGGUCACUGAAUAAACCCUUUUACUCA